UUGAGUGAUUGUGUUAGAGAACAGCUGACUAAGUCUUUCGAGGUUUGGCUACCUGGGACAUUGACCGAAGAAAGAUCAUGUCCGAAAGCGGUCAAAACCUCGAGAACUCGCACCAAGCCAGUUUCCAUUCGUGCGACUCCUCUCAAAAGGAAACAGCCGCGCUAAUGGGACGUUGUAUGAAUAAGUGUAAAGGAGAAAUCCCUAUCGGUGAAAAGGCCAUAUGUCCAUUGAACGCAAAGCAUGAAAGUUUUGCUGAAGAAGUGGACCAUAAAGAAUCUCUAAAUCUCUUUCAGUCAGAAAGUUGUAAAAUGCAGCGAGAAAAGGGUGAUACUGAUGGGAAAACUCAGAAAAACCAAGUAUUUGAAAGUUUUUCGUCGGCAACUUCCCUCAAGUGUACGUCAUGCGAAGCAACCGAGACCGGAUGCGAGAGUGGGCUAGAAGUAGUAGGCGGCAUACGAAAUUACAAUUCUUUCGCUAGCGAAGCAGAUGAAAGUGGAAAAAAUUCCUACAAUGAUCCAGAAAUAGAGUCAAACGGGAAUGACCAACAACCAGAGAAAAGACUGAACGAAGACUGUUUGAGUAUGAGUGAACAAACUGUAGUAUCAUCCGAAGAGGGAUUGAACUCGAUCGACGGCAGGAAAUCAAUUGAACAGCGAUCACCACAAUCAGAAAGUGAGACACUUGUCCCUGAAACUAAUGGUUGUUUGGGAAACGGUGAAAGGAUCCCUAAAGAAGAGCGAUUUGACUAUACAAAAUACAUACCGAGUGAAGACCUUAAAGAGGAUUUUCUUAAGUCGAUUGGCAAACCUUCAAAUGGCCAGGUGUACGAUACCAAAUGCCAAUUCACAAGUUAUCCAUUUGCCUUACAACAGUGGCCUCUAGAGUACCAAUUUGCUCCUCAGUUUCAAAACCCCAAUGGCUACCAGUCCACUGGAGUACCACAAACUUUUUUGUCCUUCUCCAACAUGUACAAUAUGAUUCCUGCAGUAUCAACAGGUCAGGCUUCGUUCACAUGCUCAUAUGGGUUUCAUGACCAAACUGGUGGACCAGGGUCCCUACAGUCACCAGGUCAGGGGUAUGACUAUUGUGUUUAUCCAGCAGCCAGGCCCAGCUAUUAUCGAUCCCUCUCCAGACGCAGAAAUUUCAACAAUUCAUUUCGUCACAGCAAUCACAAAAACCAUGACUCCAAUAAUUAUGAAAUCCACACUGAGAACUUAUUGAAUAAUUUCAACCAACCAGAGAUUAGCUUGGGAGAAGGCCAUCAUCUGAACAAGGUCAGUAAAAAAGAUGUCCACUUCGAGGAGAACCCUAUUGAAGAUGGUGAUAUCCAAGAACAUUUUGUAGAUAUUGGUGAAGUCCCUGCCAAACAGGAGUCAGAAGUUUCUGGAGGUAGCAGGUCGGUGAAUCUUCAUUCCUCCCAGGAUGACUUAAAGAAAAGUGAGAUUGAAAAACAGAUUCGGAAGAUUAAAAAGAAACUGGCAGAAAUUAGUGGCUUAGAGGAGAAGUACUGCAAAGGGGCAAAAUUAGAUUGCGAUCAACUGAAGAAAUUGUCAAGGAAGAGUGAGUUUGAAGAUCAAUUGCAAUCACUCAACUUAUCAUAGCAUUAUGGAUUUAGGAUCACCAAAUAGUGACUUUGAUGAAAGUUGAGCUCUAAGCCCUGAACAUUAAAAUCAAGAAGAAAAAUUGCCAAUCAGAUUUUGAGAGUGAAGGAGUUACUUGAAGUGGUUUAUAAGACCUAACAGUUUAGAGAGCAAAAAGUAUAGGAGAUUCCUUUCCAGUCAUCACAAAAUACAGAUUUUGAUUCACAAGUUAAAACCAACAUCUAAAGUUGAAAGGUAUUGCUAAGGUGUGGUGACUAGAUUUAGACUCAGACAAUGUGAGAAUUAUAAAUUGUAUGUGAUUACAAGAGAUACCUGCUCUUCUUCUCUUAUGCCUUGGAAACUUCAUGUAGAUGAUGAUGAUCAAAAGAUCAAAAGAUGUGUUUUUAUGUCUUUCAUGUCUCCAUCCAGCUGUUCUUUGCACUUCCCAAAGUUUUGGUUGUUUUUGAAGGUUUAAGCAAAAGUUUGAUAGAAAAAACCUUAAAUUUGCACAAUUUUCAUGUUCUUCACUUUAAAUAGUAAUUUGAAGGUCUUAUAUUUGAAUUUUAAUCCUGCAGUUGAAUAUCUUCAAUCAAUGUAUUUACUGUGGAAAAGUUUUGGACAAAUUUAUGUACUGGUAGUUUCUGCAACUAACAAAGGAUAAAUCAAGUUUGUUGCAUCAUGAUAGCUUUCACUGAAAUUAUGGUAAUAUAGGUAGUUUUCAAAAACUUUCUCUGAUAUAGCUCCAUCUUUUGAGCCUAGGGAUAAGUACUGGCCUUUGGCAGUGGUAAAUGUCCAUUACUCAUGGUGAACAUAAGUGCUGACAAAGUGAUAUGCACAACUCCAUUUCAGUAUGUUGAUCCCUCUGCUCAAUCUAAUUGUGGGGUUGUAAAUUUAUUAAAUGUAGCAAAUGAGGUAGCCCAAACAUAGAACUAACAAGUUCCAUGUCAAAGUAGUUGAUGAUUUCUUAAAGAUAAUUAUUGUUAUCCAUGAUUAAGAUCAUUUGUAUUUCUAAAUGAUUUUAUUGAUUUUAAAGUUCCCAGUGUCAUUGUGCAUUAUUUCAUUUUACUCUAUUCAGUAAUUGGACUGUUAAGGACAAUUUUUAUGUCAUUGUGGGAAUCUAUGUUAUAUUAAUUAAAUAUAAAACAAGUCUAUAAGUGCCUCUGAAAUGUGAUAAUUAUCAGUUUGAUUGAUCAUUAAUCAAUGAAUGUUAUUAGCCUAAAUAACUCACCAUUUGUGAGUUACAUCUUCUGGAAUCAGCUUUUUAUUGCCUUCAAAGCAUUUGAAUCCUCAUGUGGGGGAAUUGCGAUUGGAAUAUGUUAUCACUGACAGUUAACUCAUUUCUCAGGCACUUUGAGAUUGUUACUCUAAAGCAAUGUAAAUUAAUGUGAUAGCAUGAGAGGAUUUUAUCUUUAGUUAUUAAAACUUGAUUAUUUCUUCUAUUAUCCCUUCUUCUGUUAUCUCAGUGUCUAGUACCAAGAAGAAUAUAGUUUAUCAGGUACUAGAGGGAAAAUCAUGAAUUGAAUUUAAUAAGACAUUGUAAAUAGUAUGUCUGAGUUGGUGAUAGAAGAAGCUUAUUUAUUUUGCAAUGAUCUAUCUAUUUAUUUAUUUGUGUACCUAUUUAUUCAGAUUUUAUUUAUUUAUGUAGUGUACUUAUUGUCUAACAAUAUGUUUCUGCAUUCAAACAAUUAUCAUGAGGUAAAUGGUGGUCUUGGUAAAACAAAUGCAAAAUGUUUGGGAAAUAUGUAACACAUUUGGGAAAUAGAGUAUGUUUUAGUUAAUGCAAAAUGUUAUAUUUAAU